AGAGGAGAGUGUAAGGAGGAGGGAGAGGGUAGCAAAUGAGGUGUGGGUAAAAAUUAUGGGGGACUGGAAAAGAGAGCAGUGGCCCAGCCCUGGAUAUGGAGAGAAAGAGGGUGGGGGAGAGACAGAGGAAGAAAGAGAUUAUACAGUGUAAAACCAGAAGAUGCAGUUUUAGUAGUAGUGCGACGUGCAGAUCAGUAAGCUCCUUCACCGCUGGGGAACAACCGCCUUUUGUUUCUCUCCCUCCACUGCAGUGGGGGGGUGCAUUUAUCGUCUUGCCCAGGGGGAGAAGCCAAGAAGUAUCCUCCAAUCAGCCUUUAAUGAUUUCUCUCGUCUUGUGAGGCUGCUGACGGUGAUUUAUCACUGACCUGAGACUAGCGCUGCACUCUGCACAACACUCUAACCACCUGGAAUACUCGCCAUGGUUUUUAUUUCUUUUCUUACAAAUAAAUAUCCUCCUGUGGAUGUUUCAAAGGGAAAGACCAGAGGACAAAAGAAGGAUUAAAAUGGACUUACUGACUGAUGUUCUUGAAUUUCCUGCAGCACACUGAAGAUGGACUAACUUUGACACAAGUACAGGACAUAUUUUUACACCCACCACUCUAACAGAAAGGCUGCAUUUGUCACAGCGUGCCAUGCCAUAUUUUAUUCUGAAAGCAUGGCAGGCUGGGAAGCAUCCUAAACACUCCACUGCAACAAUCAUGUAGGACUGACACUCAGGUAUAGGUAGAUGAUGAUGAUGAGCAGGAGAUGGAAAGACUGGGUGACAGUUGGAACUGGCUUGCCUGCUGAGCCUGUCUGGCACUUCACUAUAGGUUGAUUGGCCGUCUGCUCUCGAGAGUUCAACUAUCAGGUUGUUUCUCCCAAGUUAUCAUGCGGUUCAUUGAGUGUAUUUAGCUCUCCUCUGUGCUUGUGUGAGUGAGGAUGCCACUCGGUGUGUGUGUGUGGUGUUUGGGAUUACACAGCCUCUGGAAAGAAUACAGGUGUAGCAGAGCCUUGAAUAAGGAUUAGCAGCUGUAACACCUUGUCACUGGCAGCAGACAGCGCGAUGGUACUUUGAGACAAGACUUUCAAACUAUGACCUCUUGCUGGAGGAUUAAUGAUAACGCUCUGUGUAAUAUGAUGACACUUAAAGGGCAAAGGAGGAGACAGGAAUACGGCAUAUUCUAAUUCCAGUUAUCUUUGAAGGACGCAGACUUGGGCUAAUCCUAAAGCAAACGGGAGUUUUAAUUCAUAUUUAAAUUCAGUGAGACAGUUUACAACAGCUUCAUUUGAAGAGUUAAAACUAAAGCAUCAGAAUUAGUAACAGUGCAAAGCAGGCCUACAAAUUCAUAAAAAAUAACCUGCCUUUCUAAAUGAAUUAAUUGGAUAUGUGACAGACAACAACCCACCCAGUACAAAAUCCAGCUGAUCAAUGAAUCAGUUUUGUAUUGAUUUCCCAACACAGACACGAUUGGAGGUUUCAGUAAAUAUAACCAAUCAGUGAGUCCAACCCAUGAGCAGUUAGGUAUAGUCCUGAGUGUGGUUUAGCUGAAUAUGAGUGGUUUAAUACUGGUCAUGACUUCUGACAACAGAUCAGAUAAAUGCUGCAGUUUCUGUAUGUUUUAUUUGCUUGUAUUGUUUGGAGAAGCUUUAUGAAAAAUGACAGUUCUGCUGACAGUUACAGGAAAAUUGGCACUCCCUCCGUGCAGUAAAGCUUGUAGUUGAAAGAAUCGUGUCUUGUUUCCUGUCUUGAUGUGUCUGUAGGUGUGCUUGUCUUUAGGUUGUUGUCUGUGGCACGCAGCUUAUCUUAGCUGCACAGCAAGGGCUUAGAGAUCCAGGCUACUGGCAUAAUGGGCACCACCCAACCUGCCCCACCUCCCUACUCGGUGCAUUUCAAUAGAUUUAAAUUAUGAAAUUACUUUAAACACGCAUUGAUCCUUAAGUGGAGGAUCAGAAUAGGUAAAGAGGGUUCUAAAAAGGCACCGAUGAGGCUAAAUUAUCUCAGCAGCCACACUCAGCAGUCCUGGAAAGAGAGAAAGAGUGUAGUAGGUGGGAAGCUCCAUGUGGCAGCAAUGAUAGCAGAAGGAAAAAACAAAACUGAGGCAAAUUCUUUGAUAGCUGCAUUGUUUGCAUCUAACGGGCUCAAAGAGCAUUUUUGAAAAUGUGCUUUUUGGAAGUUUAGUUCUUUGAGUGAAAAAGACUCAGGAACAGCGUGGGAGAGUUCAGCGAGAGUUCUUCUGGGAAAACUUUGUCUUUUAGUGCAGUUUUUCAAACUAAAAAGCCACUGUUGCAAUUUACAGCAAGCUUUCAGUGUGAUCAUUUUUGAAAAGUUACUGGAUAAGCACAACAUUUUAUGCCUGAUCUAUUGAAUGACACACAAACCAGCAGGACUCUUGAAGCACAUCUUUUCCACAGAUCCAGUCAAAAAUCCUUCCUGAUCUACAACAAGCACACAAACCUAAACAAGACACAUUUCUGCUUGCCAUGGAAACAGAAACUAACACGUGGGCUUGCUGCUCUGAAACUAUCUCCACGUUUAAAUUUACUCUGGAUUAUAACACUUGAGCUGCAAACAGCACAGAAGAGAAGCGAACAGUGACACAGCCAAUUAAACUGUGUUAUUCCCAGCCAAGGAUGUGUUGUGUGUUACUCUGAGGAGGACUAGUUGUAUGCUACAACCCUGCGAAUGAGGGUGGGGCUUUCCCACUGCCAUAGACAAAGACCGCACAAAGAAUCCUGGCGUGAGCGUUGCUCAUCUGGGGCAGUUGUGGGACCUGCACAGCCACGAUGGGGUGCAACAUGUGUGUGGUCCAAAAACCUGAGGAACAAUACAGGGUCAUGUUCCAGAAGGGUCACAUAAGCAACAUGCUGUGCUCUUUUGACGCUGAUGGUCGAUUGAAGGUGAAUGGGAAGGAGUUGACGCGCCUGUCGGGGGAUCCCACCCUGGACAUACGGGACCCUGUGCUAUCCAGCAUACUGAGGAGGGGGGCCCGCAGACGGGCGGGCUUAGCAGGAGCUCCUGGAGGGCAAGUGCCAGUGACCAUGGGCAUGGCCGACUGUGUGGACAGCUGCACCCAAACAGACAUCAGCUUCCAGCAUAUGUUGACUCUGGGCAAGAGCAGCCAGCAUCCCUGCGGAGCUCCACCCCCACCCGACCCUCCACCAUCCCCUCCUCUGCCUCCACUCCUGGAACCAUAUCUACUCAAUGAACUCUUUAUAGAGCCUGUAUACUAUGACCCCACAGACUACUUUGACAUCAACCAGCAUGAAGUGGACCGGCAGGAUGAGCUGGAAUAUGAGGAGGUGGAGUUGUACAAGUCUCGACAGCAGGAUAAACUGGGUCUGACAGUGUGUUACAGAACUGAUGAGGAGGAGGACCUCGGGAUCUAUGUAGGCGAGGUGAACCCCAACAGUAUAGCUGCAAUGGAUGGUCGUAUCCGCAAAGGGGAUCGAAUACUACAGAUAAAUGGAGUGGACAUCCAGAACAGAGAGGAGGCGGUGGCUAUUCUCACCAGAGAGGACAGCACUAAUGUAUCCCUGCUUCUCGCACGACCCGAGAUAGAGAAUGACAACCAGCUGGAUCCAGAUGAGCUGGAGCUGGAGCCAUUAGACAAUGCUGUCCACCUGGCCAGCUGUCAUAGUGUGAAGAACAGCCCUUCUGUUCUGGGUGCAGGACCUGGAGGUUUUGCUGGUGGAGGUGUUCUACCCAGCCACAGUCAUUCACUGAACAGGGAUUCCCCCAGUUUGCUUCAGACAGUGCUGAGCAACAGCCAGGAGCUGGACAGUGGGGUGGGUCGUACAGAUGAAAGCACACGCUAUGAGGAGUCUUCAGAGCAUGACCUUCUGGGAGACGACCACACUAGUGCCUCCAAUACGAAUGCAACCAACACACCAGGCAGCAUGCGCAGAUUUUUCUCCAGCCGAGGAGAAACUCCACCCUUACUGCAUUCCCAGGACCUCCAGUUUAGCACGGACUCCCUUUUAGGUCUGGAAUCUGUUAAUGGAGGUGGCCUGGAACAGGGGGAACGUUUGGAAAGGCCCUACAAGGCAGAUCCUGUGAGGAUGAUGAUGCCUGGGCUGACUGAGGAGGAGUGUGAGAGAUACAAAGAGCUGCUGGAAAUCAAGUGUUACUAUGAAAAGAACAGUAAUGCUCUAAUGUUACUGGGAGGUCAGGGGGCAGCACAAGAGGAAGGGGGUGUCUCACUGGAUGUGAACAGGAAUGAAAGUCUGACACAGCAUGAGAUGGCUCUCCUAGAAGAGGAACUGCGCCACUUGGAAUUCAAGUGUCGCAACAUCCUGAGGGCACAGAAAAUGCAGCAGCUGAGGGAGCGAUGCCUGAAGGCUUGGCCUCUAGAGGAAAAGAAUGGGGCAAGUGUAGCCGCUGGAGCAGGAGCUGGACGCUUGGACAUUAAUGGUACUUUGGUCAGCGAGGAAUCCUGUCACCAUGCUCUUUCAGAUAUCAACGAGCUUCCCGAGAGGGAGCGCUCAGAUAAAGAUAGCACGAGUGCCUACAACACUGGAGGGGAAAGUUGCAGGAGUACCCCUCUUGCCAAUGAACAGUACCCUUCACAUUCCACACAGAGUCUGGAGGGAGGAGAGUGUCUUCACGCAGCAGGUAUGCAGACUCCAGCAUCCACUCGGCAGAGAGAGAGAGGAACCAGAGGGGACGGAAUACAAGCAAACUUAAACCAACCCUAUUCUCCCCACGCUCACAGGCGAGGGGCUGAGGCAAAGACUUCCAGCCCCGGUGCAAAGGUUAGGUCCCUAUCCCGAGACGGGGGAACCAGGAGGGGCUCAGAUGGAGGAGUGAGACGUAAUCCCAAAGCUAACGGAGUGGCUGACAGGGGUGGUGGACGCAGUGCAGAAAACAGCCCUUAUUUGUCUCGCCGUCAGACUGAAACACAGCCGCCUCAACGCUACCUGAGCUGCAUGCAGCUGAGGUCCCCCUCCACCUCUGAGCAGCUGGGUGGACUAAGUAAUGCUCCCAAAGAGGGCAUCAUAGAUAAUGGUGGCGAUGCAAGCCCAAUGAGCCUGGGUAGCACAUGCAAAGAUGUUGCCCAGGCCCCAGGUGCUGCAUCCUUACCCCUGUCUCCUCCACUGCUGCCUGCCUCCCCCCGAAUGGAGUGGAAGGUGAAGAUUCGCAGCGAUGGCACGCGCUACGUGGCCAAGCGGCCUGUGAGGGAUCGCCUCCUAAAGGCACGCGCCAUGAAGAUCAGAGAAGAGCGCAGCGGCAUGACAACAGACGACGAUGCUGUAAGUGAAAUGAAAAUGGGACGUUACUGGAGCAAAGAGGAACGCAAGCAGCAGCUGCUGAAGGCCCGAGAGCAGCGGCGGCGCAGAGAGUUCAUGAUGCAGAGCCGCCUCGACUGUCUGAGAGAGCGUGAGAGGGAGCAGGGAAGCAGCGGAGGAGGACAGCAGGGAACCGAACAACAGCAAGAACCAACUUCCAUCCUGGAGUUGUGUCACCGCAGGAGCAUGAAGAAGCGGAGUCGCAAAAUCCUGGACAACUGGAUCACUAUACAGGAGCUACUGGCUCAUGGAACCAGGUCUGCUGAUGGGAAGAAAGUCUACAACCCCCUGCUGUCUGUCACCACAGUCUGAGAAAAGAAAUGAUCAGAGAGUGAGGGCAGAGAGUUAGGAAUAUAAGAAAGUGCCAAAGUGUUUUACCUUCAGGAUGAGCAGCUUCAGUAAACCAUGGCACAAAUGUUAAUCUGCAGAGAUGCAGCAACACAAAUUCAUGAUGGUAAAUGAUUGUAAUGAUUACAAAACCUUAGACCGGAGUUCAAAAUCCAAAAGGAAAACUGCCACGUUCUGUGUCUAGAAAAACACGCAGUAAAAACGUUGUCAAAAUGAUCAUCCAUUGAAGAAAUGAACUCGAAGCCCACAAACGCAGUGCAUUUUAAAUACACUGUAGCAGACCUAUAGACACAGAAUUAAGUAAACAAAACGAUGUCUGCAGUCAGGGAUUGAACCACCUGCUGUUUAACAACUAGAAAAGUGACAUCUAUUACUAUUUUAUGAUUGGAAAAAUGCAGAAAAAUCAAAAGUGAAGCCAAGAGCCACGCAGCUGUGAAAUAAGAUGAGUUAAAGUCACUUCUGUGCCAUAAAACUGAACAUUUAGUGUCCACAGAGGACUUCUCAUUAAGCACACCUUCAAAAGAACAUUUUGUGCCAGUUUAUGUCGUUACAAUUUCCUACAUUCUUGAAGUGUUCAUGUACAAAUGCCUCUUUGUUUUUGUCAUAAGAAAGCCAACAUCUUCAGCUGAUCACAGAUGCUUCUUGGUCAUGAGGAGCUGAGCGGUGCCUUCCUUUCGGGCAGACUUGACUGUAUAUAGCACAUUUUUCAAUGAUACAAAAAAAAAUCUAGAGGAGAAAAUAAACGGUGAUGCACAAAGCAGCCUAAUUACCGUUUUUCCAAAAAGAAACACUGUAUCAUAUAAGCACAUUAAUCAUUUGAUAGCGUUUCAUGCAAAACUAGACCAAUACAUUUUGGUUAGUAUGCAGUAUAGUUUAUCUUAAUGCUGACUGUGAUCAAGGCUAUUGCAAUGCAAAAUAAAGUUGAAAAAAAAAAUUCCUGUUAAUUUGGUCUACUUGAAUUGCAAUCAUAGCCAAGUAAUUUCCUAACCUAUGUAAACUAAAGCUAAUUUUUCAUCUGGCUUAUAUGCAUGUUUGAUAUUAAUACCAAAAUCUUCUUUUUUUCAUGUUCUUUAAAAUUGAAGGCCUUUAACAUACUGUAAUUGUGGAUGUGUCUUUCUAUGACUUUGCUCAAAAUCCUAGCAUAGAAAAAAGAAAACAUGGUGUACUUGUCUGUUCAAUAUUGUGAAAUCCAGUGUCUGUCAUUUUACAGUGAAAGCUUUUCUAAAUAAAUGCUGUGAUCAUCUUACUAAUCA